CCCAGAUCUUGAUCUCGACUAGUGUCGUGAUAGAUUUAGGUAAAGACUUCCACACAUUCCAAUAUCAACUGCAACCUUACAUUUUUAAUUAUUAUUUUUUUCAUAUUUUUAUUUAUUUAAAAAAUACUGGAAAGUUCUUGUUGUAAUGCAUUGCAUCUCAUCCCCAGAUCCCUAUAGUAUAUGUUCAUCAAUAGCAGCCCUACAAAUUCCCAUUCCUCCGUAUUUUGGGUCAAAUUUUCCUCAUUUGGGUCAUUGGGUGUCUCAAAUUUGGAAUCUUUGGCUAAAAUCUUUCGAAUAAAAGUUUCAGAUUUUUGUUCUUUUUCUUUCUUCAUCAUCUCUGUUAUUAUUUCGUUUUGUGUGUCAAUGGGCGCAUUAGAUGAGGGACACUAUCAUGCAGAUAUAGAGAACGAAGUUAAUUUUGAGCUUGGCUUUGGAGGUCAACCUGAAACACUGGCUAUUGAGGAUGCUGUUAGAGUCCUCUUACAGGGUUUGGGUGAAGAUAUUAAUAGGGAAGGAAUCAAGAAAACCCCUUUUCGUGUUGCUAAGGCUCUUAGACAAGGAACAAGAGGUUACAAACAAAAAGUGAAUGAUAUUGUUCAUGGUGCGUUAUUCCCUGAAGCUGGAUUGGAAGGUGGAAGUGGUCAGGCUGGAGGCGUUGGUGGGCUUGUGAUUGUUCGAGAUCUUGAUCUCUUUUCAUACUGUGAGUCUUGCUUGCUUCCAUUCCAGGUUAAGUGUCAUGUAGGUUAUGUCCCAUCUGGAAAAAGGGUUGUAGGACUAAGCAAGCUCUCUCGGGUUGCUGAUGUUUUUGCAAAACAGCUCCAAAGUCCACAGCGCCUUGCUGAUGAAGUUUGCACUGCUUUGCAGCAUGGAAUCAAGCCAACAGGCGUUGCUGUGGUUCUACAGUGUAUUCAUAUUCAUUUUCCAAAUUUUGAAUCAGCAUUUCUCGAAUCGACUUCCCAAGGAUGGGUAAAGAUAAUAGCUACCUCAGGUUCUGGUGUUUUUGAGGAUGAGAAUGCUGAUGUUUGGACUGAUUUUUUGAGUCUACUAAAAUUCAGAGGUAUAAGCAUAGACAACACUCAUCGUAGGCCCUCUGACCAAGCAUGGUGCCCAUCUCAAUCUUAUGGCAUGCCAGGACAAGCAAAUUCAGCUAUGACAAAUGCAGUGCUUGCAAUACUUAAGUCUCUGGGCGAAGAUCCAUUGAGAGAAGAGCUUGUAGGAACCCCAUCUCGGUUCGUGAAGUGGUUCAUGAACUUUAGAAACUCUAAUUUGGAGAUGAAAUUGAAUGGCUUUGUUCGAAGUAGAAUAGAUACUCGAAGUCCCUCUGGUCAGGUUGGUAAUUUUAAAGAUGGUAUCUGUUCCGAACUCAAUUUGUCAUUCUGGUCCCAGUGUGAACAUCAUCUACUCCCUUUUCAAGGCGUGGUGCACGUUGGUUAUCACUCUUCAGAUGGAGUGAACCCCGUUGGAAGGCCUCUGGUGCAAUCAGUAGUACAUUUUUAUGGUUUUAAACUCCAAGUACAGGAGAGGCUUACCAGACAAAUAGCUGAGACCGUUUCAUCAUUUUUAGGUGAAGACAUAAUCGUAGUUGUGGAAGCAAAUCACACGUGUAUGAUAUCUAGAGGAAUCGAGAAGUUUGGAAGCAACACAGCCACAUUUGCUGUGUUGGGUCGAUUUUCCACUGACCCUGUUGCAAGAGCAAAAUUUUUGCAGAGCCUCCCACACUCUUGUUCUGCAGGAGAUGUCUUUUCUUAAAGGAAAUAUACAGGCUACAGCAAGCUAAGUACUUGUCCUUCGGAUGACUCAGGUAAAAUUGGAGAAAUUGAGAAGCAAACUCGCGCUGAAUUCAGGAAUGUAGAUUCUUUGCUCGGAACACCAGGUCCUUUUUUUACUUCUACAGCAUAGUGAUAAAUGAGGUGAUGAAAUUUUAUCCAUUUUUUUUCCAUCGUUCUAUUAUGUAGCAUGAGCAAGGGUCCAUACCAGCAAUCUUUUAAAGUUGCCCUUGAUAUUUUAUUUCUAAUGCAGUUGCCAUUGAUUGAA